GGCAGUGCGCGCUCGUGCGGUAUGUGGCCCCAGUGACGCAACGAGCACUGAAGAUGUCACUGUGCAACACUUUCAGGUUAUCCGUUGCAUGCUUAAUUAUCGUGCUGUCAAGUAUUGACGCACCGGUAGAAGCAUUCUCGCUUCGUCGCACUAACAUAGGCAUCAACUCCGAUACGGAUCUUGCGCAAGAAGAGAGCGUUUUACAAGAAGUUAAAAGAGAGUUAAACGUAUCCGACGAUAUUAAGUUUACUGAGAACAAAACACGAGACACCGUUACUGAUAAUGAAAAAUUAACGCCGACAAGCACUACAGUGAAUAUUGAAGAAGAUAUUGUAACCGAGCCCAAUUCAAAUGAUCAAACUAUCAACAUACAGCAAACGGAACAAACAACGGUUAUUGAAAGGAAAAGUUCUGUAACUGCUACAAAUGCGGUAUCGCAAACUGUAACUACGAGUUUUAUUUUAGAAGACACAACUCCAAUAUCAAUUGAUCUUGAUAAUAUAACAGAAACGGAAUCUACAACCAACAUUAUAGAUUUCUCAACAAGUCAAAAACAUAUUGAUGAAUCUGAACAGACUGAAAUCCAACCAGUUAACAUCAUCUCUGAUACAAAUCAAACUAAUAUAAUAGGAUCUGAUGAAAAAAAUACUAAAAGAAAACAAGAAGUUACAAAAAUAAAUGGUAAGGAUGAAAUAAAAGAACUAAAACCUUUACCACCGAUUGCCAAUAAAUCACGACCCAUACCUAAAUGGAAGAAAUAUAGAACUAUUGAGAGAAAGCGACCAUCGUAUUCGUCGGAAGAAAAAGUUAAAGAAAAAAAGAAGGAAAUUCAUAAGGAGGAUAUUCUUAAAGCAGAAACUAAGAACAUAAGAGUAACAUUACAAGACACGGUAACAUCUAAUAUACCAUCAUUAGUUUCAGUUAAAAACGAUAAAGAAGAAAGCACAAAUACACCUCUUGAUUUGACAUCUUCAAUAUCAUCAUCACAAGUAGGUCAUGAGUCGAAAAGAGCUGGGUUUCUUAAUUUUUCAGGUAAAACUACGUCUUCAGAAGUAAUAACUGAAAGUGCGAUUUUAAGCACAGCAAAAAGCAAUAAUAAUGAAGCGUUAAUCUCCGAAACUGAAAGUCCUGUAACUACCGUAACAAAUAUAGUGAUAGAAGAUCAGAAAAAAAUUGAAUCACAAAUUGUGUUGAACGAGGAUACUAUUAAAGAGGAAUUACUAAAAGAAGAGCUAAUUAAAAAUCAAGAAGAAAAUGGUAAACGUCAAAGAGAAGACCUUGUUAAUGUAAAUGCUGACCUUAUAGAAAUAAAAAAUGUUAAUCCGGAUAAUUCCGCUGAAACUAAUUCAUCUUCGGAACUAUACGCUAAACUAAUAAAUGCCGAAAAAUCAAAGAAUACAACACUGUAUACAGUAAAUCCCAAUUAUAAGCCGAUGAAAAAAAUAGAAGUCGUACCUCCCAAGCAGUUCGUUAGGGACCCAGAUGACAACAGUUGGAGGAACGAAAGCUUAAGCUCUUUAGGCAUUGUUUUUAAACCGAAAAACUCUUCUAAACCUUUCACUCAGGUCUUAAAAAAUAAGACAGAGACAGAAUGGAACAAUUUGUCAGAAAAAGAUAUUAAAAACGAAUUACCUGAUCUAAGAGAAAGAUUGCAAAAGAUGGCUGAAAAGAGAAAAUCUAAAAGAAAGAAAAUAGACUCGUUUGGUAAUAUUAUUUACUUUGACUACGAAGAAAAUAGUAGCUCUGCGGAACAUGCAGGUUUUACGAUUGAUGAACUUUCUUCUAGCGUCACUACAUAUUCUCCUGCCCUGCAAAAUACAACCCAGUCAAUGGAGGGUCCCCAAAAUGUAACCAAAACGGUCACUUCAACACUAACAACAGAAAGUAUACAUAAAAAUUCAUACUCAACUAAGAUGCCUAAAAAGUUAUUCCAUGAAUAUUACGAUAGUACGGAUGAAGACGACAGCGACUAUUUGAAUAUGGCUAAGAUUGACCUGAAGAAAUUCACCACUUCUCUUAGAUCCAACACUCCGUUCCACCCGUCAACAAUAGUGGCGAAGCAACCCGAUUGGCUAAAACAGAAUAAUAAACUUCCAUACAACGGCUUCCCUGAGAGGAAAGGAACCAUACAAUACUUUCCACCGUUGACAACACAAAAAGUGAACAUUAAUGAUUAUGAUAAUGACUUUAAGUUGAAAAUGGAAUCCUUUACAACUGAGACCGAUACACCGAAACAUUUUCUACCUGUUUCUAUAGAUGGACCAACAACACCGGUAACAGUAAAUUCCGUUCUCAGUAAAUCAGCCUUCACUAAGAAUAUGAUGAUAACUCAGCCCCAACUAACGACUGAUCCCGGCCUAGCGUUGCAUGAUGACCAUAGCUUUGACAGAGGCACGUACGUCAUUAAACAUUACAAAGAUUUCGUGAACGAGGCAGCAAAACAUUCCGAAUAUGAUAAGAAUUUUGACUACAUACCUUACACCGAGGCCCCGAUUGAAGGCGUAACAAAAACAGGCUUCAUCGGAUACGAGAAAGAAACGCCUAGAACAAUAGACAGUGGAUACGAUUACGCGAACCAAUUCCGUAAAGACGUCUUGCAGAGAUUUGUAGACAACUUUAACCAGGAUACUGAAAGAUAUAGAUCAGACUUUCCUGUUUUAUUCAACAGUAGCAUAAUUCAUAGAGGAGAACAUAACGGCAGGGACACGGCGUCGUCCAGAGCGUUCAUGCGAGGUGCAUAUCAUAGUAAUAUUUUUAAACCAAAGUUUGCUGCGCACAAGAAGCCUUGCGAGCCGAAUUGUGAUAAAUUAACAGUUGAAUUAUCACCGGCUUACGAACUGCACUAUUACGUGCCCGACCAGGAAGAAAAAGAAGAAGCGGCGCCCCAACCAGUUACACUGCCUUACCAGUACACAUUAUGAAAUUAAUUGUGUUUCAAACGUAAGGUUAUGUCGAAGUAUCAUUAGACAUAAAAUUAUGUAACGCGAUGUGCUUUACAACUGUUAUAUGUAAAGACUGGUUUGCACUUGCGAAUAUGUCCACGUAGAAUUAUUGUGUUCUCACUAGAUUGAACUGGUUUUCGGGAUAUGAAUUAUCCAGGACAGGGUAUUUCUAUGUGCCAAAUUUCAUGCAACUGUUGCAUAAUUUAGUAACAAAUAUCUAAACAAACUUUCACAUUUUUAGUAUUAGUGUGAUUGGUUUUGUUAUUAUGUACAUGUCUGAAUGCUAUUAGUAUAGACGGAUUUUGUUGUUUGUGAAGGACAACAUGUAUUUAUUUUAAAGCUAAGGUGAUAUCUGUCGCAACGCAAGGUUACUCUAAUAUAUAUUUUUUUAUUUUAUUCAAUGUAAAUA